AUCGCAUAAGAUCCCUUGGCCGGUACUACCUGUUUCUGCCGGCAGUCAUCUUACGUCCGGCUGGGGCUCGUAGCACUAGCUGUCCAUUCUUUUCAACUUCCUGGGCAUUGAUCGCGUAGUUGAGCUGAGUUGAGUUGAGGUUGACUGAAGGGAAUCGCAUAAUUCAUAUCCUUCGUUUCGAAUCGCCAUGUCCGCUUCUUUACCGGGCAAUCGGGAGCUGCCCGAGUCGCAAUAUGAUUUAAGCACGUAUUGGGGUCGCGUCAAACAGACGGCUACGAUUACAGAUCCAAGGACCCUCUUCGUGGGAUCGCAUGGCCUUGAACAUGCCAAAAAGCUGCUGGUUGCGUAUAAGCAGGGCGAGAUCAAGGACAUGACGCCAGAGUUAUGGAAGGCAAAGAAGAUCGUGGACUCUACAUUACAUCCUGAAACCGGAGAGCCAGUCCUCCUACCGUUCCGGAUGUCCUGUUUCGUGUUCUCGAACUUGGUCGUCACAGCUGGAAUGCUCACACCAGGCUUAACGAACACAGGAACUGUUCUCUGGCAAAUCGCCAACCAGUCGCUCAAUGUUGCUAUCAACCACGCGAACGCGAACAAAUCAAACCCGCUCUCCUACUCCAAGAUCGCCCAGUCGUAUUUCCUCGCCGUCGGCGCAUCGUGCUCCGUGGCGGUCGGCCUGAACUCCAUCAUCCCGCGGCUGAAGCGAAUCUCGCCGUCGACGAAGCUCGUGCUCGGGCGCCUCGUGCCGUUCGCGGCGGUCGCGUCCGCGGGCGCGCUGAACGUGUUCCUGAUGCGCGGGGAGGAGAUACGCACCGGGAUCGACGUGUUCCCCGUGCUGUCGGAGGCGGACAAGGCGCGGCUCGCGCGGGAAGGCAAGGCGGAGAACGACGUGCCGAGCCUGGGUAAGAGCAGGAAGGCGGCGACGCUCGCGGUCGGCGAGACCGCCCUCAGCCGCGUCUUCAACAGCAGCCCCAUCAUGGUCGUACCCCCGCUCAUCCUCGUCCGCCUCCAGCGCACCCAGUGGCUCAAGCGGAACCCCCGCUACACCCUGCCCAUCAACCUCGGCCUUAUCCUCGGCAUGAGCUUCCUCGCCCUGCCGUUCGCGCUCGCUGCCUUCCCCCAGCGCCAGAAGAUCAGCGCUGACAGUCUGGAGGAGGAGUUCCACGGCCGCGGGGGGGAUAAGGGGUUGGUCGUGUUUAAUCGCGGGAUCUAAGCGGAAUCGUUUGGCGGGCGUUAGGUAUUAAGGAAGCCGGCUGAACGAAGCGUUUCUCGUUCUCGGGGCCGAAACACACAUCGAGGACGGCGAAAGGGAGAGACUGUGUUUUAUUACUGCAUAGCCAGGCUUUUGAGGAGGGAAAAGGAGGUGUGUUAUGUAAGAGACGUCAAACGAGUAUCACAUAGUUUGACAUCAUGGGCAAGGGCAUGGCAUGGCAAGGCAAGGCAUAGGUACCUAGCACCGAGUUAUAUAUGACUGUGUGAUGCGUCACGGACGAAACACAUGGUAAUCUAGUUUAGCUUCAGCUUAAGCUAGCGAUCUCGAUAUUACCCGAAAGAAUAAAAAAGAAAUAAGAUCAACCGAAAGAGGAGUCACGAAAUGGAAACACACAGUAAAACAUUGUAUUAAGUAGCCCGUAGCCCGUAGUAGCAAAUUUGCCUCCUUCAG